CGCAAGCCCUUCCUCUUGAAACGCGGAGUAAAACUUUUUCUAGUCACGAAAGGCGGCACUUCGUGUGCCAGAAAUAGGCAAAACUCGCAGAGCCGCUUUUCAGGGAUUGCACACCGAGAGGGGCUCGGAAGCCGGCCUGGCCAAGAGAUCCGUGGCGGUUCGAGCGUUCUUUGAUUCGAGAGUCUGACUAUCGUCAGCACAGUGAUGGGGCUCCGUCUGAGCUCGAGGAUAGCAGCGAUGACGACUAUUUUGAACCCGCAUCGCUAUACCUCGCUGAUGAUUGGACCGAUUGGCGCAGUUACUAUGAAGACCCUUUGUAUUUGAGCUCAGAUAGUGAAUUCGAAGUGGACGAGUUCCUGGUGUCCUAUGAUAUGCGCAAAGAUUGCGAAAAUAUGGAGCAAAGGCACGAAAGGCGACGCUUCUCAGAGGUAAACGUGCGGGAAUCGACAGCACCAGUUGCGGUGCGCGUUCCUUUCAAUGCAAAAGCUCCAGUAAUUCAGGAAAGAAGAAGGCUGUUGCUGAGAAGCAGAAGCGGCGGGGGAAAUUAAAUGAACGACCGACAAAACGCCGACGAAAUUGGCAUGUCAUACAGGAAGCGCUUGUCGAAGGCUAUUAGUACUUGCUAGAAAUUCUGGAUUCGCAGGACUGUUUCAUUAGAAAUGUCAACCGAUUGAGCACAAAUUUUUACCGUUGAAUGACGAGGAAACAAUUAGGACUCUCAAUGCUCUGAUUAGAUGGGUUGAGUGAUCUGAACUAUCGUCGCUUUUCUGAAUGGAGUAGUGGUCUGACCUUAGAGGGGUGUCCCACCAAAGUAUGCAGGAAUGAUUUCAUUUUUAUUUUUUGAGAAUCGACUCAUUCUCUAUUACACAGGAGUAUUCAGUUUCGUUUUGUGUCUGUGCGUUCGUUAAGAUGACUACUUUCUAGUUUUAACUUUUUGUUUAUCUUGCUCUCGGUGCUGUUGUAUAGGCUUGGAAGUUUCAUAGAGGAUAUCUGUUUUAUGAGGUUUAGAUUUAUCGGCAACAAAGUCGUCUCAGGAAUCAUGCUAGUUUUCUUUGGGUUCCUGCUGCCUCAUAUAAUGAAGUAACUAUGUAUAUGAAUUCGCUUUCUGUAUGGGAAGUAUGAACAAUAUUAGUAUUUAUAUCAGCCACAGCAUUGCGCUGCCUUGUACAGACUUUCCAUAAAGUGAAAUCUCACUGCAUGAAUAUCAAGAAAAUUACAUCGUAUUUUAUUCUCGAGUAUACGGUAGACUCUUCACAAAGGCAAAUAUGUCGUUAUUUACUGCUAGAGAUCUCUGGCCGCCUGAUCGAUGCGGCUUCGUGUCCGCGAAGAAGCAGUGCGUGCACGAACAGU